GCGGAAGUAGCGUCACUCGUGACGUGAGUCUCUGUUUGCUGCUGACCUUGACGGUGUCAGGAGUGCUUUGUGUUGGUCCUGGUCCAGCACCGGCCAACUUCCGAGGAAAAGAAUUUACGCAGUUCCAGUCUGUUGACUCCGGCCCCGUGGCCUCGUGUCUUCACCGCCUGGCGAUUCUGGCCUAUUCCCGGUCCUCUUUCUCAGGACCAGAAUCUCUCUGACCUCUUCAAGGAAAUAUAGAGAAAGAAAUGAUGGUGACUGAGUGUUCAACAAAUUUUUCUCAGACAUUGGUGAUGAGAUGAGAUGUUCCUGUACUCAAGCCAGCAUGUGUGUGAUGGUUUAGGAUCCAGUGACCUUUGAUGAUGUGGCUGUGGACUUCACCCAGGAGGAGUGGACUUUACUGGACCUCACACAGAGAAACCUAUACAGAGAGGUGAUGCUGGAGAACUACAAGAACCUGACUGUGGCAGGGUUUCAGUUUAAACCCAGUCUGAUAUCUUGGUUGGAACAAGAAGAGUUGAAGACAAUGGAGACAGGUGGCCUCCAAGAAUGGGAAUUGCAACUUAAUACCAAAGAUUCAGAAAUUCAGGGUAUUUCAGGAGAAAAACCAUCCAGUGGCAUAGAACAGGCGAAAAGCCACCAUGGAUGGAAGCUCGACAAUGAUCAGUGUGGUAAAGACCUCGGUGAACGCUCAUGCCUUAAGACACACAGGAGAACUCAAAGUGGAAGAAACAGUUGUGAGGCUGGUCAAUGUGGAGAAAGCAUCCUUACUCUGCAGAAGAAAACUUCAGCUAGAGAGAAACGUUCUUGGUUUAAUCAGUGCAGAAAAAACAUCAGCCUAACUCGAAAUACUGUAUGCUGGAAAGUUAGCAGACAAGAAAAAGCCUUUGCAUGCAAUGACAAUAGGAAAGCCUUUGUUAAUCGGUCUUGCUUUCAGGCACAAAUGAGAACUCACAGUAGAAAAAUCUACAGAAGCAAGGAAUGUGAGAAAGCUGUUAACUCUACAAGCUUUGGUGUACAAGUACAAACUCACACUGCUAACCAGAGUUAUGAAUGUAAAGAAUAUGGGAGAACCUCCUCUGCUGCAUCCUCAGGCUUCUCUGCACACAUGAAAACCCACAGUGGAGGGAAGCUUUUCAAAUGUGACAAAUGUGGCAAUUCCUUUGCUGCUUCAUCACAUCUUAUUAGUCAUUGUAGGACUCACAUUGGAGAGAAGCAUUUUGAGUGUAGCAUAUGUGGGAAAGCCUUUCAAAGUUCUUCACAACAUGCCAUUCAUAUGCGAACUCAUGCUGAAGAGAAACCCUGCAAAUGUAAGCAGUGCAGAAGAGCCUUUGCUGUUUCCGGUAACCUAACUAAACAUGUAGAAACUCAUGACAAGACACUGCAUGAAUGUAAGGAAUGUGGAAGGUCCUUUAGAACUUACUCAUCUUUUAAAAAUCACAUUGGAAUACAUGCUAAAAUAAAACCCUACAAUUGUGAGGAAUGUGGGAAAGGCUUUGUAUAUCCUUUCUCCUUUAAUGUUCACAUGCGCAAACACAUUGGAGAGAAACCCUAUAAAUGUAAGGAAUGUGGAAAAUCCUUUAGAAGUUCUUCAUGUCUUAAUAUUCACGUACAGAUUCACACUGGAAGAAAACCCUACAGCUGUAAGGAAUGUGACAGACCCUCAAUCCAGUACUCAUAUUUAGAAACAUACAAAAAAAUCCAUGAGGGACUAAAACCCUACAAACGCAAGGAGUGUGGGAUAGCCUUCACUGCAUCCUCAGGACUUACUGAACAUAUGGAAACUCAUAGUGAGGAGAAACCUUUCAAAUGUAACAAAUGUUGGAAAUCCUUUACUACUUAUUCAUUUCUUGUCAGUCAUUUUAGAACUCACACUGGAAAGAAAGAUUUUGAGUGUAACAUCUGUGGGAAAGCGUUUGCCACCUCUUCAUACCGCGUUGUUCACAUGCGUACUCACACUGGAGAGAAACCCUAUGAAUGUAAAGAAUGUGGGAAAGUUUUCACUUUUUCCUCAAGCUUCAGUAGACAUGCAAGGCUUCACGCUAGAAAAAAACCCUGUGAAUGCCAGGAAUGUGGGAAAGCCUCCCUUCAGGCCUCGGGCCUUUUGCAGCAUGUACAAAUUCACAGAGAGAAACCUGGAAUGUAAACAAUGUGAAAGGCCUUAGUUAUUCCAAUUAUUUUAGGUAAAUGAAAAACUCAUUCUGUAGAGAAUCCAUGUGAAUGUUAAAGGUAUGGGAAAGCUUUAAUUCUCCCAGUUCAUUUCAGAGUAAUAAAAGAACAUGGAACUAUGGAAACUCAUAGUGAAGAGAAACCUUUCAAGUUUAAGAACAUGGUAAAGGCCUCAAUGAUCCCAGUUCAGUUUGAUGACCUGAUAGGACCUCACCAGAGAGAUGGUGGUCUACAGAUGUGAGGAAUGUGGGAAAUUCAUCAGUCUCACAACUCAACAUGUUAAGUCUCAAGUGAAGCCAUACUGUAAGGAAAUGUGGAAAACCCUUUAAUUAGUGCUUAUAUGAAAUACGUUCUUUAAAUAUGGAGAAGAUACCUGCACUGCAGAGGAGCUCUUGAUACAGGAUAUGUGGGAAAACUAAAUAAUGCUCACUUGUGAUCUCCCUAUACAAACUUAUGAGUGUAAGAUACGUUGUAGAGUCACUAUUUUCCAUUAUAUUGUUACUCAUCCUUAAUGAACACAGGGUGGUGAUUCACAAUGAAGAAAAAAUGUGAGAAGUAUAGGAAAUAAACUCUCCUGUUGACACAGAGCAGGCCUGCUUCCUACUUCAGAAACCCUGUUCUGCCACCUCAGCAUUCUUUGCUUGUACCACAACCCAGCAUAUAUGCAGAUAGCCAUAUGGGUCCUUUGUGUAACCUGAGACUUGGACACAAAAGAAACCAAGACAAACAUGCUGAUGUUUAUGCUGCUGACUACUGCAAGGAAGCUACAUCCUCUCUCUGACUUCAGUGUCUCAGCUCCUCUGCCAACAUCUGUGGAACACUGCAAGCUAAAUUAAAUUAAUACCUUGCAAGAAGAGAAUAAUCAAGUCAUAAGCCCAACAGUUUUGGUGACCGACAUAGGUUAAUAGAGAUGUGGCUUUCUGGAAGAAGGAGGACAAUGGCCACCAGGUGAAGUGUGAAGACACAGUAUCUGGAAUUCAGUGACAAGGUCUCUUCCCCAAGAGGUUUCCACACAACAUGGAAACAGAGGGGAAUAGGCUCCCUAUUGUACUGUGUCUCUAUAGGCAUAUCAGUAGCUAUAUCAAUAAUUACAUCAGCUUGAUUUUCUUUAA